AUGUGUCAUUUCCAGAUGGGCACUCCGGCCAAACCUAUGCUCAAGAUCGACACGACGGCGUUUGUGCUGCCGAACCUGGCCGGCAAUCUUCCGACAAGCACAAUUGACCGAAACAUUCUUGAUAGGCUGCCAAAUAUGCCAUUGGCAGAUCCGUCGUUUUUCCAGCCGUCUCAAAUAGACCUUCUUCUAGGUGCGGAUAUUCUUCCGUCUGUCCUGUUAUCGGGCUGGAGGCCAAACAUAUCCAUAGAGUCCGAAGCAACCAUGGAAACACUUCUCACAAAAUUUUGGGAGGUGGAGGACCUUCCAUGCAGACUGGUAAAGGAAACGGACAAGUUGUGUGAAGACUUUUUCGUCCGAACAACUACCAGAUCCUGCGACGGGAAAUAUAUAGUAUCCCUGCCCUUCAAAGAUUCAGAGCACAUUGACUUGGGGCAUUCCAGGAGUUCCGCACUCGCACAGUUUCUGAGGAAUGAGACGCGCUUGAAGAAGGAGCCCGCUCUCAAAGACACUUAUGACUCAGUGAUCCAAGAAUACAUCGAUCUUGGACAUAUGAAGCCCGUGCCUCCGAAUACCGACAAGAUAAAUUUCUAUCUCCCCCAUCAUGCAGUAUUUAAGCCCGAAAGUGCGACCACGAAAGUUCGCGUAGUUUUCAACGCAUCCAGUCCUUCUUCCAAUGGGAACAGCCUUAAUGACAUUCUGUAUCCAGGGCCAGUACUGCAGUCCGAUCUCACUCUUCAAAUCCUGAAGUGGCGGACGUUUAAAUUCGUGUUCAAUGCCGACAUCACCAAGAUGUAUCGGCAAAUUCUCCUAAACCAAGAGCACACUCCGUUUCAGAGAAUUCUCUUUCGAAAUGGCCAAGGGGAUAUAUCCGACUUCGAGCUUCAGACGGUCACGUUUGGAGUGAAUUGUGCCCCUUUCCUGGCCCUACGAACACUGCAGCAAUUGUCUGACGAUGUCAACGCCCAAUAUCCACGGGCGUCGCAUAUAAUCUCAAAUUAUAUGUAUGUCGACGAUGUGCUAGCAGGAGCCCAUACAGAGGCUGAAGCUAUUUUAGCCAUUCGGGAGCUGCAAGCAGCUCUGGACUCAGCUGGAUUCCCUCUCCGCAAGUGGACAUCGAAUGAACGUGCACUCCUUAAAGCACUUCCUAAAGAGCAUCUACUUUCGACUGAUUUUCUUGAUCUCGAAGAGGUCAGCACCACUAAGACAUUGGGAGUACGGUGGAACGCUACGACGGAUGAGUUCUAUUUUGUCCCAACAGAGGUCACCAUUCAGGCAAACUAUUCGAAACGUGACGUCUUAUCCCAAAUCGCGAAAUUGUUCGACCCAGCUGGGUGGCUCUCCCCAUUUGUGGUUCAGGCCAAAAUUCUGAUGCAGGACAUCUGGUUAGCCAGCGUCGAAUGGGAUGAGUUUCUUCCUGCAGAACUACUACAUCGUUGGCAUGAUUUCCUUCGGAGCUACAGUUUCCUCCACCAAGUUCGCAUCCCGCGUUGGGUACAUUUUCAACCAGGUGUACAAGUCCAAAUCCAUGGUUUCUGCGAUGCCUCCCAAAAGGCUUAUGGCGCAGCGAUUUACGUUCGCAUCCAGCGUGAUGGAGUCAUUUCAGCAAAUCUUCUAACGUCAAAGACCAAAGUCGCUCCGGUAAAAACCGUUUCGCUCCCGCGUCUAGAACUGUGUGGAGCCGUCCUUCUGGCAGACUUGUGGACUGCAAUUCUGCCUCAGAUUCCUUUCGGUCGUAUAGAAUCUUUUCUAUGGACUGAUUCCACUAUCGUGCUGGCAUGGUUGAACAAGCCACCAUGUCAGUGGACGACCUUCGUCGCAAACAGAGUCACAAAAAUCGCUCAAAAUACUGAUGCCAGCCAGUGGUCUCACGUGCGUUCCGAGCACAACCCAGCAGAUCUAGCCAGUCGGGGAGUAGCGGCUGAAGAGUUAGCUACCAGUGAGCUAUGGUGGCAUGGGCCUUCAUGGCUAACUCAGCCACAAGACUCCUGGCCUGCACCUUAUGAAUCUGUUUCCGACAUCGACAUCGAGAAGCGACCCAUACGUUGCCAUUUAGCAUGCCCGGAGCAGGACAUGCUUGAGCGGUUCUCCAAGCUCGACAAGGCACUACGAGUUUUCGCCUAUGUUCAGCGCUUCAUCCAGCGCUCGCAAAAACGACCUAUUCCAGGCGAGCUGCAGCUAUCCAAUAUAGAGAUUUCCACAGCUGAGCGACUCCUAAUUUUCAUAACACAGCGCAGAUACUUUGCGCUUGAAUAUGCCUGCCUGAGCCAAAAGCGGCCAAUUCCAGCAUCCAGUGCUAUUAAGAACAUGAAUCCCUUCCUUGAUCCUCACGGCCUCAUCAGGGCGUGUGGUCGGGUAACGGCCUCCGAAGUCCUCCAAUAUGAUGAACGACAUCCGAUCUUUCUUCCAUACAACUGUCAGUUGGCGCGUCUCCUUGUAUCCUUUACGCAUCGCAUCUCCUUGCACGGCGGUAAUCAGCUAAUGGUACGCCUGAUCCGCUCAAAAUUCUGGAUACCAAGGGUCAAGAACUUAGUCAAGUCUGUAAUUUUCUCCUGCAAAAUAUGUGUGAUCCACAAAAAGAAGUUGCAGACCCAGCUCAUGGGCGAAUUACCAAAAGAAAGAACGUCCUUUUCGCGGCCUUUUACGUACACGGGCAUGGAUUAUGCCGGACCGUUUGAUAUAAAGAACUACACCGGGAGAGCCUGCCUGAUUACCAAGGGCUAUGUGUUGGUGUUUGUAUGUUUCUCCACGAAGGCCAUCCAUUUAGAGCCUACUUCUGACCUCACAACAGAGAAAUUUCUCGCAGCUUUCGCCCGAUUCGUCUCGCGAAGAGGGUGCCCUCGACAAGUUCAGUCGGACAAUGGGAAGACCUUUGUUGGUGCAGCCGCAGUGCUGUCGCGUGAAUUUCUGCAAGCUGUCAAGGAGUCCGUGACGACUGCUUAUAGUCACCAGGAACUCCUGUGGCAAUUCAUACCACCAGGAGCCCCGCACAUGGGAGGAUUAUGGGAAGCUGGAGUUAAAAGCUUCAAGACGCUGUUUUAUAAAUCCACAGCCACUCGAAAGUAUACGUUCGAAGAACUUUCUACAUUGCUGACCAAGAUUGAGGCCUGUCUUAAUUCGCGUCCACUCGCCCCGAUGUCCGAAGACCCCACAGACUUGUUGGCACUCACGCCAGGUCAUUUUCUCGUAGGUGGACCCCUUCUCGCCACCGUCGAACCCGAAAUUAAGGGUGCGUCAACUUCCAUUAUCAACCGGUGGCAGCACCUUAAGGCCCUUCAUCAGCAAUUCCGCCUGAGAUGGAAGGAAGAGUACCUCAAGGAGCUCCACAAGCGAACAAAGUGGCAAGUCCCCACAAGAAAUCUCGAGGUGGGCGAGAUGGUUAUAAUCAAGGACGAUAAUCUGCCGUCCAAUGAGUGGCGGCUCGGCAGGAUUGACUCCGUGUUUCCCGGACCCGAUGGUCAUGUCCGACGCCGUCGAAAUGGAGAGCAGACGUACACGAGAUUCUUGCGGCUGAGCAUCGAAAAGAGGCUCCGCGCGGUCCUCGCGAAUCGCUAUUGCGCCAACUGCUUGGCUCACGAGCAUUCGGAUGGAGCGUGCCGCCGUGGCGAUCGGUGUAAGAUCUGCAGCGGGGAGCACCACACACUGCUGCAUAUGCAGGAGCAACCUCGGUAUUUAUGCCGUUCGCGUCAGUUGACGCCGCCCUCUCGUCGCGCUCGAGCUUUUCACCACCACGUUUCGGCCUCUCUUCACCACGCGGCGGCCUCUCCUCAGCGCUCUGCGGCCUCACCUCAACGCUCUUCGUCGGCCUCUCUUCACCACGCGGCGGCCUCUCCUCGGCGCUCUGCGGCCUCGCCUCAACGCUCUUCGUCGGCCUCUCAACUCUCUUCGGCCUCUCCUCGGCAUUCGUCGGCAUUCGCCACGCAGGGAGUUCCGACAGGGCCUUCACUGGCCACUUUGCUUCAGCGACACAGCGUGAACCUCCUCCCGACCGCUCUGGUGCGAAUUGACACCGGGACGCGAGUGUUCGACACAGCGGCGCUCAUCGACCCAUGCACUCCUAUGAGCUGCAUUGACGCGUCGCUGGCGACCUCUUUGCGACUUGCGACGACAGCGGUGGGUGCUGAACAGAUCUGCUCAGCCACCGUCGGCUCGAAAACGAACGCCCAGGUCCGGCUCGACCUCGUUUUCAAAGUGGAGCCUCACGUGCGCGUACGCACUCCGAUCCGACAGUUGGAUGAGACUGUGCGGACCUAUUUCAAGGACAUUACCUUGGCAGAUGAACGAUUUUACCUUCCGGCUACGAUUUCCGUCAUCCUGGGUGCGGAUGUGUACCCCAAAGUUAUGCAGCCUGGGUUCCUGAAAGUGCAAGAUGGAUUGCCGGUGGCCCAAAGCACCGUAUUUGGAUGGGUCCUGUCCGGGGCCUGUCACACGCCGUAA